AGAACACCACGAGGUAAUGGUGAUGAUGAUAGCUUUGACUCUUCUCUGCUCGGCACCGGCCGCCUCAACGCACAUUUCGCCUUGCCCUUCGUCCUUUCGCAUUUUGCUGCGUGUUUCAUCGCUUCAUGCCAAGCAAACUGCGGUGUAAACCGUGUAAACGUGUACAUUCACAGGACUACCUUGCCCGAGUAGCCUGAGAGAUAAAGGAAGCUCUCCAAACGAGUCACUGCCCGGAAGUAUGGUCGUCAAGGGUGUUCUGAAGUUGAGCAUACUCGGCGGGGCGAUCUACACGACGCAAAAAGCCGGUAUAUGGGGCGACAGUACGCAGACUACCGAAAACAUCAAAGCGUACAUCACCACCAACCCCACCUUGAAGUAUUACUGCACUUUGGCACCAAGCAGGAAAGAACUUGGCAUGAAAGCAGUGGACUGCUGGAAUGAUGGUGUCAAGGCCACAUUCAAGCACCUCCUGAAAACACCAGAAUAUUCAAAGCAAGCUGCAUCAUGGUGCAUAAAUGCCGUGUCCGGGAUGAUGGAGGAGCCCAAGGCGCCACCUGCCGACACAAAGAAGCCAUCGCAAUAACUUUUGCAGAGCUUAUGUGCUCGGCUGUAGUAAAGUGGUAGCAGCGUACACAAAUAAAACUGUUAAGACUGUUCAAGCUUAUUCCAAUCCCUGUUACAUGUUUAUUGCAACAUGAACACAUGCAGAAUGCCAGUCUGCUGUAGCACAUAUGGCGCAUGCACAAUUGCAGCCUGGUCAAAGCAGCUAGAAUUGUUUACAAGGACUUGACAGGCGCAUGUACCUGCUUUUGUUGCGAUUACUAAAAUUAAAUAUCUAAAGUAUACGUCUAGAGUGGUUUGACAAUACAGCCGCCGCAUGUGUCUCAGCCUUGAUCAUGCAGCAUUUUUUCACUGUGUACUACCUUUUAUUUAAAAUUUGGCCCUGCUACGUUAAUUUAACUGAUGAUUCUACAGAAACACUAGCAGUGAUUGUGAUGUGAAAAAGCAACAACAGAGAAUUCAA